UUUUGUAACCACUUGCAAAUUGAAACAACAAAUAUCGUUAUCUGACUAUCUCACACUUACACACCAAAAUUGCACAAAGAAAGGCAGUGAAGAACAAUGGUGACUGUGUCCAGCUCUCCUGCAAUGCAAAAGCUACAAUCGACACCACGAGUUCUGUGCAGGAAGAGAGAGAAAGAGAACAAUUCUCCUUACAAAGUUAUUGUUAUCACUCCUCCGCCAAAAAGCCUUGGCGUUCGCUGUUUUCCUCCUAAUCUGCAGUGUGGUGAGAGUGUGACAAUAGAAGGUCAGACAUAUACCAUAUCAGCUGUAACUCAUCGUUAUCAGCUCAGGAAAGGGAAAUACGAACCUAGUGAGAAACGGCUUGAUGUGUUAUCAACUGGAAGAUACUUAGUGAAUUUGUAUUUGGAAACUUUGCUUCAACAAUCUUGAUUACUUUUCUCACCAUGCAAUGGAAUGUACAAACAGGACACAUUCUAGAUUCGCAAUAAAUAUUCCACUCUGA